ACACACUGUCAUAUACAUACACACCUAUUACAGAUAAACUGUUCGAGACAAAGGAGCAUAUCCAGUUCCUGUAAGAAUCAUCUUCACAAAAGCCACCAUUGCGCCUCUACACACAAUCAGAUCACCAUCUCCUCCACGGCCGCUGCUGCAGCCGAUAUCCAUGACGUCGCUCCCCGUCCGAGCACCAUCACUGGUCUCUUCCCGGAGAAUCUUCGAGGAGAAACUCCACGAACUCCCCAGGUGCGCCAACCUAACCCACGUGAAGCAGCUCCACGCCCAGAUCAUCCGGCGAAACCUCCACCAAGACCUAACCAUCGCUCCGAAGCUAAUCUCCGCCCUCACUCUCUGCCGCCAGCUGACUCUAGCCGUUAGGGUUUUCAACCAAGUCCAGCGACCCAACACCCAUCUCUGCAAUUCGAUGAUCAGAGCUCACGCGCUGAACUCUCACCCUCACCAAGCUUUCUCCUUUUUCUUCGAAAUGCAGAGAUUCGGACUCUACGCUGAUAAUUUCACAUACCCUUUUCUCCUCAAAGCCUGUUCGGGCCAGUCUUGGCUCCCUGUGGUGGAGAUGAUACACACCCACAUCGAAAAAUUAGGGCUUUGGUCUGAUAUCUAUGUGCCCAACGCGCUUAUCGAUUGCUACUCGAGGUGCGGUGGUUCGGGUGUUAAGGCCGCGAUGAAGGUGUUUGUGAAGAUGGGUGAGAGGGAUACUGUGACUUGGAACUCGAUGCUGAGCGGGCUUGUGAAGGCGGGGGAGUUGAGGGAUGCGCGGAAGCUGUUCGAUGAAAUGCCUCAGAGGGAUUUGAUUAGCUGGAAUACGAUGUUGGAUGGUUACGCUAGGUGUAAAGAGAUGAGUGAAGCGUUUGAGCUGUUUAAGGUGAUGCCUGAGAGGAGCACUGUGUCUUGGUCGACGUUGGUGAUGGGGUAUAGCAAAGCUGGGGAUAUGGAGAUGGCUAGGGUUAUGUUUGAUAAGAUGCCGGUUAAGAAUGUGGUCACGUGGACUAUUAUCAUUGCUGGGUAUGCGGAGAAGGGGCUUGUGAAGGAGGCUGAUGAGUUGGUCGAUGAAAUGGUGAGUGCGGGACUGAGAUUUGAUGCUGCUGCUGCGAUUAGUAUCUUGGCUGCUUGCGCUGAGUCUGGUUUGUUCAGUUUAGGGAUGAGGGUUCACUCCAUGAUUAAAAGGUGUAACUUAGGUUCUGAUGCUCAUGUGUUGAAUGCGCUACUUGAUAUGUAUGCAAAAUGUGGGAGCAUAGAAAAAGCGUUUGAUGUGUUUAACAACAUGCCGAAGAAGGACCUUGUCUCUUGGAACACUAUGCUCCAAGGUCUAGGCGUUCAUGGCCACGGAAAGGAAGCGCUUGAGCUUUUCUCGAGAAUGAGAAAGGAAGGGAUCCAGCCUGAUAAAGUCACGUUCAUUGCUGUUUUGUGUUCCUGCAAUCACGCUGGUCUCGUGGAUGAAGGCAUAGAUUACUUCUACUCAAUGGAGAAAGUGUAUGGACUUGUUCCAGAAAUUGAACACUAUGGCUGUCUUGUUGACCUAUUAGGUCGAGGUGGGCGGUUAAAGGAAGCUAUUAAGGUUGUCCAAACAAUGCCUAUGGAACCAAAUGUUGUGAUUUUCGGUGCUCUUCUUGGAGCGUGCAGGAUGCAUAACGAGGUGGAUAUUGCUAAAGAAGUCCUGGAUCACCUGGUUAGAUUAGACCCUUCUGACCCGGGGAACUACUCGCUGCUGUCAAAUAUUUACGCAGCAGCAGAAGAUUGGAAAGGGGUUGCUAACAUAAGGUCAAAGAUGAAGAGUAUGGGAGUAGAGAAACCAUCUGGAGCUAGCUUGAUUCAUUUGGAAGAUGGGAUACACGAAUUCACAGUGUUUGACAAAUCACACCCAGAUUCUGAUCAAAUAUACGAGGUGCUCGGUAGUCUAAUCGAACCUCCAGAUACCGAGAUGUAGGUUCUGCAUCUUAGUCCCACAACAGGUUCUUGUGAUUAGCCAGGAAGAUGGCUAUAACAAGAGAAGAUCAAACAGUAGACGUUCAACUCCCAUGGAACCUCACUGUGAGUAUUAUUAACAAUAUAGUAACUUGGUGAAAAGAUGUUGAACAAAACUUAUGGUUAGGUGCUGCGUAGAACUUGAAUUGUAAAAGGCUAAUGACAAAUCCAUUGAUAAUGACUUGAUUGAGUAUGGACGUCAGUAACGAUGACGUAUUUUGGUGA